GUCAGCAUUUACUUAUCGCAAAACCACAGUGUAAAAAGGACAAUCAUUCUCGGGUAUAUCUCGUGUUUUGUUUGCAUUACAUUAUAGAUUGUGUCAAACAAUUCAACAUACAGCGCGUAUGUCCACAAAUACUCAAAUAUUCGAGCUUGUAUCGCCCUGUAUUUGUUGCGCAGCACAGCGACACCCACGGAAGUGACCAAGAUGGGAAGAAACGACGACGUAUUUCGGCAUGACGCAAUGUCCUAGCGCCUGGCAACACGCUACGAGUGAUUCAUUCUGAAGUUAGGAGUUAGCUAGGUUGCUAACUGAAAUAUAAACAUGACUCUAUGUCGGAUUAUCGUUAACCCAUCCGUUGUAUGCUUAUAAUACUGUUGUUAACAUCAUACAACGAUCCAAAUCAUGAAGCUGCUUCAUAAAGACAUUGAAAAGGAUAGUGCCGGUCAGGUUACUCUGAUGCCUGAUGAGGCGGAGGAUAUGUGGCACACCUACAAUCUGCUGCAAGUGGGGGACAGCCUGAGAGCCUCUACCAUCAGGAAGGUGCAGACAGAGUCAGUUACUGGAAGUGUGGGCAGCUCUAGAGUUCGCGUGACUCUGACCUUAUGUGUGGAGACGAUUGACUUCGACUCCCAUGCCUGCCAGCUCAGAGUGAAGGGCACUAACCUUGAGGAGAACCAGUAUGUCAAGAUGGGGGCUUACCACACCAUUGAGCUCGAGCUCAACAGGAAGUUCACUCUGGCUAAAAAGAGCUGGGACAGCAUCGUGCUGGACAGAAUCGAGCAGGCCUGUGAUGCGACCCAGAAGGCCGACGUGGCAGCGGUGGUGAUGCAGGAGGGGCUGGCUAACCUGGUGCUGGUGACCCCCGCCAUGACACUGCUCCGAGCUAAAGUGGAGGUCACCAUCCCUCGCAAGAGGAGGGGAAGCUGCACUCAGCACGAGAAGGCGCUGGAGAGGUUCUAUGAGGCUGUCAUGCAGGCGAUUCUUCGCCACAUCAAUUUCGAUGUGGUGAAGUGCAUGCUGGUCGCCAGUCCAGGCUUUGUGAAGGAUCAGUUCAUCACCUACCUCUAUAAGGAGGCGGUGCGACAGGACAACAAGGUCCUGCUGGAGAACCGACCCAAAUUCAUGCUGGUCCACUCCUCAUCAGGUCACAAGUACUCACUCAAAGAAAUCCUGUGUGACCCCACAGUGACGAGCAGGCUGUCUGAUACCAAGGCAGCAUCAGAGGUGAGAGCACUGGAAGAUUUCUACAAGAUGCUCCAGCAUGAGCCUGACAGAGCCUUUUACGGAGUGGCUCAUGUGGAGAAAGCAGCUGAUGUCCUCGCCGUCGACACCCUGUUGAUAAGCGACAUACUGUUCAGACAUCAGGAUGUUCCAACGAGGAGUCGCUACGUUCGCUUGGUUGACAACGUGAAAGAUAAUGGAGGCAAUGUCAGAAUAUUCUCAAGCCUUCAUGUGUCUGGUGAACAACUCACUCAGCUGAGUGGAGUGGCUGCCAUCUUGCGGUUUCCCAUCGCCGACCUAUCAGAGCCUGAGGACGACAGCAGCUCAGACGAUGAUUGAUUGACAGAAAUGAAGCGAAAGAAGGAGGAAAUAAAUAGAAGGGGGUCGUGUUGCAGAUAACACAAGAAUGCAUUGACUCAGCGUGUUGUAAAACAAUAAAACUGCAGGUAUUCUUUAUUCCACCUCUGCAACAUCCAGACCUCGGUCAAAUAUAAUCAAAUAAUGUAAUGCCUUAUUUUGGAGCUUUUGGUUUAAAGGUGACGGUGUGCUUGAAAGGUGCCGGUUAAGGUGGCCAAUGAUAAGGAAUGUAAUAUUUGUUGCCAAGUCCAAAUGAAAAGUUACAAUUAUGACAUUUAGCAAUAUGAAAAAACUGUGAUUUUUCUUUGUAUAUACAAUUUAUUUCUCUUUCAAUUAAACAAUAGAAGCAUUCAA